CGUGAGUGGUCGCUGUCUUCACGCGGCUGCUGCUGCUGCUCUGCUCUCCGUUUGGUGAGUGAGUGGUUUCCAUUUUCGCAGCGAGAGGCGGACGGCACAACAACAUGGAGCCGGAGAUGGAGGACAAAACGCUGGAGUUGAUGUGCUCUUUGCCUCGUUCUCUCUGGCUGGGUUGUUCCUCGGUAGCAGAGAGCCUGUGUGCUCUCAGGUGUCUGCAGAGCCUCCCCACCUCCCGGGCCCACAACCAGAACUUAACAGUUAUGGAGUCGCAGAAUCUGACCGACGACCUCUCGCCAAAGAAGACCACAGUGUUUAAGCUGGGAAAUGGUACUCUGACAGGCUCAAGGAAACGUCCAUCGCGGGUGAGCUUUGAGAAGGAGAAGGAGAUGUGUAUCCAGAUGUUUGAGCAGUGGUCAGAAGCUGACCAGGUGGAAUUUGUGGAGCAUCUCAUCUCACGCAUGUGCCACUACCAGCAUGGCCACAUCAACUCUUACCUCAAGCCCAUGCUACAGAGAGAUUUCAUAACUGCACUGCCAGCUCAAGGCCUGGACCACAUAGCGGAGAACAUCCUGUCGUUUUUGGAUGCUCGUUCUCUGUGCUCGGCUGAGCUGGUCUGUCGAGAGUGGCAGAGAGUGAUCUCAGAGGGAAUGCUCUGGAAGAAGCUCAUAGAGAGGAUGGUGCGAACCGAUCCACUGUGGAAAGGGCUGUCUGAAAGACAUCAGUGGGAGAAGUACUUGUUCAAGAACCGCACAAAUGAAGUCCCACCCAACUCAUAUUAUCACUCUCUCUAUCCCAAAAUUAUACAGGACAUUGAGACCAUCGAGGCAAACUGGCGGUGUGGCAGACACAACUUACAGAGAAUCCAGUGCAGAUCGGAGAACAGCAAAGGGGUUUACUGCCUGCAGUAUGACGAUGACAAGAUCAUUAGCGGCCUCCGAGACAACUCCAUCAAGAUAUGGGAUAAGCACAGUCUGGAAUGUUUGAAAAUUCUGACCGGUCACACUGGAUCAGUUCUGUGUCUGCAGUAUGAUGACAGAGUCAUAGUGACCGGCUCCUCAGACUCCACUGUCAGAGUGUGGGAUGUAAACUCCGGUGAGGUUUUGAAUACUCUUAUCCACCAUAAUGAGGCAGUUCUUCACCUGCGUUUCUGUAACGGGCUGAUGGUGACGUGUUCUAAGGACCGCUCCAUCGCAGUGUGGGACAUGGCGUCUGCCACUGAUAUCAGCCUCCGCCGUGUGCUUGUCGGACAUCGGGCUGCUGUGAAUGUCGUUGACUUUGACGACAAAUACAUCGUUUCGGCGUCAGGAGACAGGACUAUAAAAGUGUGGAGCACCAGCACGUGUGAGUUUGUGCGAACACUAAAUGGACACAAGCGAGGCAUUGCCUGCCUUCAAUACAGAGACAGACUGGUGGUCAGCGGCUCCUCAGACAACACCAUACGGUUGUGGGAUAUUGAGUGUGGCGCAUGUCUGCGUGUUUUAGAGGGUCAUGAAGAGCUUGUUCGCUGCAUUCGGUUUGACAACAAAAGGAUCGUCAGUGGAGCUUACGAUGGGAAGAUUAAAGUGUGGGACCUUCAGGCUGCUCUGGACCCUCGAGCUCCAGCCAGCACACUCUGCCUGCGCACACUAGUGGAGCAUUCUGGACGUGUGUUCCGUCUACAGUUUGAUGAGUUCCAGAUCAUCAGCAGUUCCCAUGACGACACCAUCCUUAUAUGGGACUUCCUGAAUGUCUCCUCAAACGGGCAGCCAGAGGGACGAUCGCCCUCACGCACCUACACGUAUAUCUCCAGAUAGCAGGUGCCUCUUAUGUGUGCCAGUGUGUCCUGGGAAAGCUGAGAGCUGCUUGGCUGUUGGCUGUGUCUAUCACAGAAAGGUGUCCAGGGAACCGCCUUUUUUUUUCUUUUCAUCUGUCCAGUCUGAUGAGAAACUUCUCCAGUAACACUCGACAAGUUUAGCCUCGAAACAUGCACAUACACAACUACACUCUAAGCCAAUACGGAAACACACACACAUACACACAAUACACAAAGUUGCACACAGACAUUUUAGCAGUUUUGCUCUAUAAUAUUGCAUUAAUUCUAUAUUCACACACAAGCACACACUCAGAAUGAAGUGUAUAAGCUUGAGACAAUAUCUAUUGCCACAGUAUUGCUCAGAAAUUCUUUAAUAAUAAUGUUAGGAAAAAACCUUAAUCUCAAUGUUCACUAACCACGACUUUGUACACACCAAACACUCUGUCAAAAGACAGUUUUACUCUCCUGCCUCCAUUCUGGAAGUGCUGGAUGGGCACAAUGAUGAACGAGGGAUGAAUUUUCUGCAGUGUUAGAGAAAGAGACUCUUGACGAAUCUGCAAACAGGGUGAAGUGAAUGGGCUAGAUGGACAGAUUGGUGGAGUAAGGAUGCACAAAGAUGUUAUCUCCCCUUUCUCUUGAUGUUCCCUGGCCCUAGGCUUCUCCUCAGGACUAGGGACACACUCCCAUCUUUAUGCUGUGGAGAGCAACAGCUCUGAACUGGCAGAAUGGAGUUUGGUUACUCCGUUUCGUCUCGCCUUGAGACUAGCGUUGUGCAUGUGAGACAGCGCAGAGUUUCUGUCUCCUCUAAAGCAGUUUCUCCUAUUUCUGCUUUUUAUCUUUAUAUUUGCUAUUUCUUUCUGACUGUUCUUAUUCUUUUUUUUUUAUUUUAUUUAAUUGGACUUGUCCUCCAUUGUAUGCUUAUACUAGGCAGUGUAGAGCUAUGUGUUCCACUCAAUGACUAGUGUACAUAAUUUUUUUUUUUCUGAGAUCUUUCUCUCUCAUCACAGUCUUUGUCUCUCUGCCUGCUUGCUGUAUGAGGGCUGACUCUAGUUGUAAACAGGAGUGUCUUGUCACAAAUUGUGUUGUAUAUUAUUUUUUUUUAAGAAAAAAAAUACAUUUAUUGUGAAUAAAGUACAUGACUAUGGCGAUGUUUUGACAAUG